ACAACCCCUCGUAUUUCUCGUUGUCGGUGUCAACGUCGUCGACGGGCACGACGACGACGACACCAUCGUCAAUUUGUCCAUCCUCAUCGACGAAUCACACGCACCGUCACAGACACCCUGGCUUGACGGGUUUAUUUCGACGUCGAGCUACCUGCAAAAUGGGUGCCACGUCUUCUACCAGUGUGACAUCAGCUUCGACAGCUAGUACUUCAACAAAUCAUCAGGAAUCAUCUAGUCAUCGAAUAAGUGGAUCCAGUGGAUCUACGCCGUCAACGCCAACUGAAGAAAGGGUACCCAUGUUGUCCAGAAGCGUUGGAAACGGUGCCACAUCCGGUCCGUUUAAUCAAAGAAGAAGCUUUAGAAAUUUAUUUAGAUCUGUUAGUGCAAAUGAUCACGAAAGGACUCAACAAUUUCUCAAAGGUGAUCCUAGACCCUCGGAUGUUGCACCAACUUAUUUACCUCACAGAUCACAUUCACACUCCGAGAACGACAGACGUCGUCCUGCUCGUAAUAGACGAGUCCUCAAAUCCGCUAGUGAACUUCUUUCAAACGAUAUGGUUUACUGUGGACUUUCCGGUGAUGCCAACGACCAAGAAGACGAUGACGAUGAAGAUUCCGCGGAAGAAGUAUUUCUUGGUGUUGAUGAUGCAAAGUACUAUAAUUUGUCAUCAACCUUGCCGUCACCGGGAUCAGCGGCAUCAGGUCAAAGAAGACACUCUGUCGGUACUUUUCUUGGAAAAGAUCGAAAUCAUUGUUCCGGAAGAAGACCUACUCAAACAGUUGAAGUCCUAGUAGAACCUAGCGUUAUGGCACCACCAAUACCAACCGAUGCAGUUGAUGGUAUCGUUCAUGCCGAUGACAGAAGGAACAGGUCGAAUGAUUGUCGAUUAAGGCGUAGAAGACACAGAAGUUCAUCAAGUAAAG